AUGUUUGAGUCAAAUCCAAUCACCGAGGCUUGCGCUGCUCUGCGCAAAAAUAUCGCUACGCUCAUGGCGGCAACAUUGCACGCCAACAACUCACCUGCCAUAAGCAUGCGUAUUUGGAAUGCGGUAGGAAACAGGAGGAAGCCCACACAACCACAGAGCGAAUGUAAAAACUCCUUUGAGGAGGGAAGUGUUCCGAAGCUGGCACUCUACAUCGAUGCGCAAGGGGAAAGUUCAAAGGUAAGAUUGGUGAAUGGUGGCAGUCGAUGCGCCGGGAGAGUAGAGAUUCUCCACGAUGGAUACUGGUGGACUGUGAUACACUAUAGCUGGAACGAGCAGGCGACGGCUGUGGCGUGUCGGGAGCUGGGCUGCGGCGCCGCGGAGAAAACCCUAGGCAAUGCUCACUUUGGGCAAGGAUCCGGACCCGUUUUAUAUUACCGUGUUGGGUGCAGCGGGAGAGAGGCCAGUCUGCAAGAGUGUAUAAUCUAUGAAUGGACUGACUAUGGUUCACAUUCAUACGAUGUCGGCGUUAUUUGCGAAGGUCACAGAACUGCAAGGUUGGUGUCCGGAAAUGACGAAUGUUCGGGAAGACUAGAGUUGCAGUUUGGUGAAUCCUGGGGAACCGUGUGUGACCUGCACUGGGAUAUGAAUAACGCCAACGUGGUGUGCAAUCAACUUCAAUGCGGAGCCGCUGUUUCGGUGCUGAGGGGAGCUUAUUUCGGAGAAGGGAAAGAACCUGUAUGGAGCAAAACCCUUGCAUGUCAAGGUAAUGAGUCGAGCCUGUACGACUGUCCAUAUUAUUUAAGGACUCAUCAUCAGUGCAACCACAAGAAUGAUAUCAGUCUGACCUGCUCUGGGAAGAAUGGACCACGCUUGGUUGAUGGGAAGAGCAGAUGCUCUGGCCGUGUGGAAGUCCUGCACGGAGGCCAGUGGGGGACACUUUGUGAUGAAUACUUUAGCCUGGAAGAUGCUGCCGUGGUUUGUGAACAUCUACAGUGCGGAGCAGUAAAUGCAACUCCUAGAGGUGCUACCUUUAGCGAAGGAAAAGGACCAUUGUGGAAGGAUGACUACCGUUGUCUAGGGAACGAGACCCGAUUAACUGAUUGUCCAGUCUCAGCCUGGGGUCAGGUUAACUGUUCACAUUGGAAUGACGCUGGUCUCAUCUGCUCUGCUGAAAAGUGGUCUUUGAGACUGAGCGAUGGAGGAGGCCGCUGCGAUGGCCGAUUGGAAGUUUAUGAUAAUGGCACCUGGCAUAGAGUGCAGGAUAAAAUUUGGAACCUCAAUGAUGCAAAUGUUGUCUGUAGAGAACUGCGCUGCGGCUUCGCCACAUCCGUCUACAACUCCUCAAGGUACAGAGAAACUGCACGGCCCAUUCUGGUGACCGAAGGUCGAUGUGAUGGAAAUGAGACGUAUCUGCGAAACUGCAAAACUUCUUUCUUGCAAAGGUCUUCUGCUAACAUCACGGGCGUUGGUGUCCGGUGUUCAGACCACAUGCAGUUAAGGCUAUUCGGAAGUGAAGAUGCAUGUGCUGGAAGACUGGAGGUUUAUUACAAUGGAUCCUGGGGAACAGUCUGUGAUGACUCCUGGGAUCUGGUUAAUGCUAACGUGGUAUGUAGGCAACUAAGGUGUGGUUAUGCUUUGGAGAAAAAAAAAACUCUGAACUGUGGACGAAGCACUGGAGAAAUUUGGUUGGAUGAUGUGAGAUGUUCGGGUAAUGAAAAGUAUCUCUGGACAUGUCCUUCGGCGCUGUGGGGCUAUCAUGACUGCAGCCAUAAAGAAGAUGUGACAGUGGAGUGUUCCGAACACAAAGAGAUGCGCCUUGUGAAAGGAAAACACAGCUGCGAAGGGAGAGUGGAAGUGCGGUACCAUGGGAGAUGGGGAACAGUUUGUUCCGAAGAACUGGAUAGUAAAGCUGCGAAUGUGAUCUGCAAGCAAAUGAACUGCGGAACCUUGGAAUCUAUCGACUAUUACUCCCAGAAAUACGAAAAAGGAUCUGAUCCAAUAUGGCUGGAUGGAAUAAAAUGUCUCUCGUACGAGUCGACUCUUUGGCAGUGUCAUGCAAAACCUUGGGGGAAACACGACUGUCAAUAUAACUCACAUGCAGGUGUUGAAUGUAAAGAGGCCAAAAAACCGGACCGGUCCAAUGUAAAGGUUUGCAAAGCACGCAAUAUAUCUCAACCUGUUUAUGCAGCAGAACCAACGUUGCGCGUUUCUGGCGGCAACACCAAUUGCUCUGGAAGGUUGGAGAUAAAGUUCAAUAAUAUCUGGGGCACGAUCUGUGAUGAUUCCUGGGAUCUGGCCGAUGCCAAUGUGGCGUGCAGGCAGUUGGGUUGUGGCUCUGCCCUUUUGACUGGAGUGCCGGAUAAAAUUAUCCAGGACGUCGACGAUCUUUGGUUGGACGAAGUGAAAUGCAAAGGAAGUGAAUCUUUCCUGUCCAGUUGUCCUUCCUCUCCACUCGGUCAGCAUGACUGUGAUCAUAAGGAAGAUGUCUUUGUUGUUUGUUCAGUAUUGGAAAACAGGUUCUCCUCCAUCUUCUUUGCUGUCUGCGUGACGUUUGGAAUCGUUGUCGUGGGCGAGUUAUUCACAAUGAUAGUGAUAAAGCGGAGAAGAGACGCAGAGUUUGCAGGCAGAGCUUCAUCUGAUAUUUUUUACCAAGCAAUUUAUGAAGAAAUUGAGAAUACACCCUUCAGCAAGAAUUUGAACGAUGCACACGGUUCAGAAUUUGGUUCCAUUGAUUCCAUCAAUCAAAUCGCAUAUUACACCAGUAACGCUUUCAACAACACCGAAAUUAAACCAGAAUGCAUUGAAGAAAACUCUAGUUUUCAAGAUCUGGUUAACACCGAAUAUAACGGCGAAGAAAAUAGAACUAUUGAUUCUCCUGAUGCUAUGAUCCUGUUAGCCGACGGUGCGGACGAUUUUCGGAUGCUCAGAGUUGCCGAUGAAAGUAAAUUAGUGUAAAGUCCACGAUCCCCUCUUCUAAAGCGAGUCUUGAAGAAUGGAAACCUUCCGAGUAGCCUGUCCUUUCAUCUCUCCAGAAAGAUGAAGAUGUCGAUCGUCAGGUUAUUGGCCUCUCACAGAGAAAUAACAAUGGCAGAAAGUCUGACUUCUCUUGAGGCAUUUAUUUUCUCACUUGACACAUAACUUGCAUGACAUCAUGUUUAUUCAGCUGAAUAGAAAUAAAUCUGGUAAUAAAUAAAGAGCAGUAUUUUACUCUUGAGCCUUAUUUUACUCUUGAUCUCGUAUAUUUUAUUAAAAUUAUCCCAGGCUGUUCUGAAGUAUGGUUUUACGGCUUUAUUGUCCUUUAUUUUCCUGUAGCUGUUGC